AAAAAGCAAGGUUGCGGAGUUCAUUUUUUUUUUUUUUUUUACAUCAACUAAAGUUCCAAGAGAAAAAUGAACAUUCUUUUCUCUUUCACUUUCCUGAUUUUAUUCUUACAAUGUACAUUGGCUCGUAUUCAGGUUCCUCCAUUAACUUCUGCUUGUGAAACUGUAUCUGAAAACUACUUGUUAUCCAACUGUACUAAAAGUGUAUACUUUACACCUGAAUGCCAAUGCAAUAGUCCUUCUUGGUUGGGAAGUUUAGCUCUCUGUAUAUCUGACAAUGACGAAAAUGACCUUGGUGAACAACAACGUUAUUGGUCUUAUGUACAAUCGUUUUGUGUUACCUUACCAGAUUCUUUGGCAAAUACUGUUUCUAUGCAAUCUAUUUUGACCAACGCAACAAACAAUGUGAUUCCUGUACCUGCCAAUGCAUCUACUGACAUUAUUUAUGCUCCCAUUCGGUUUCCAAAAGAAGACGUUUUAGCUGUUGUGAAAACAGUCAAUGAAUUCAAUAAGCAAUUACAAUAUGGUAUUGACUAUGGUGCUGCAACUUGUGCUUUUGUAUUUGGUGUUUUGGUAUUAGGUAUGCUCAACAAUCUAUUCCACCAUUCCUUUACUUGGCGAUAUACUUCAACAAAACAAAAACCUUUACCACCUUCAUCGUCAUGGAUGAAAUCAAUACGUCGUCAUAUUAUCAAUCCUUCCCUUUUCUUCAAUGGUGUACAUUUACAGAACGCUUCUUGGUUUGGUAUCUUGGUCAGCUAUCCUACUCGAUUGGAAUCUAUUAUGAUUUUCUUCUUCGUGGUGCUAAAUGUUAUCCUAAUCUUUCCCAAUUAUGACCUGUUCUUAGAAAAUACGUAUUGGCCUGAUGAUCUUUCUGCGCAACUUGGUAGAUACAUAUCAGAUCGUUCUGGUGAAAUGGCUUUUGCUCAAUUGCCUAUGGUAUAUUUAUUUGGUGGAAGAAAUAAUAUCUUGAUUUGGCUGACAGGUUGGAGUUAUGAUCGCUUCAUUGUAGCUCACAAAUGGGCAUCAAGGAUGAUGAUGUUUCAUGCUAUUGUGCACUCUGCAGGAUAUACUUGGUGUGGAGUUCAUGUCAGUUUUGAAACAUAUAAAUCAUAUUUCCAGGAUCUUUAUUUUGUUUGGGGUGUGGUUGCUACUGUACUUGGUGGAUUCAUACUUUUACUUGCCUUACCAAAUCUUCGACGGUCUUGUUAUGAUUUAUUCUUAUAUAUUCAUAUUAUCCUUGUACUACUAUUUACGGUUGGUUGUUGGUAUCAUGUCAAGUUGUUGGAUGAUCAAGAAAAUUUGAUGUGGCUUUACGCUUCUAUUGCUAUUUGGGCAUUUGAUCGUGUGGCUCGUUUCGUUCGGGUGGCAUAUUACAAUAUUAUGUUAGCAACUGGUCAUCGAUUGUUACGCAAAGUCAAGGCAGACAUUCUUCCUGGUACUGAUUGUAUUCGAUUCCGUGUGGAAUCAAAUAAAGUUGGUUUAUCUCGUCGAGUUCCUGGUGUUUUUGUCUAUAUCUAUGUACCACAAGUUUACUUUUGGCAAUCUCAUCCUUUCACAAUUGCUUCAUGGCAUCAACCAUCUUUGGACAAGCAAUCCAUCAUUCCAAGCGAUGCAGGCUUUUAUGGAACUACUGCCAUUACCAGUCCUACAAACAUGGACAACAAAAAAACAGUAUUAUCUUCAACGUCCAAUUCAAGUAUUUCUACUUCCAGCAACACAUCAUCUUCUUCUUCCUCUGAUCAUACUUUUGAUCUUUUGAUACGACCUCAGCAAGGCAUGACCAAGAAAUUAUACGAAACAGUUCAACAAUUAGGCCCUGGUGGUGGUGAUAUGUAUGUACUUAUUGAAGGCCCCUAUGGUCAUACUCACCCUGUUUUACAAUAUGAUACAGCGAUAUUGGUUGGUGGUGGUGUUGGAUGCACAGCUACGGUACCUUAUUUACAAGAAGCAGUUUACAACAUGAAUAAAAUUGCCACGCGACAUUUAGUUUUUGUUUGGGUAGUACAGCAAGACGAUCAACUCUGUUGGGCACAAAACGAUAUUCAAGAUUGUCUAUCUCAUGUCAACGCCAAAAAGAAGCAACAGACAGCAAUAGGUGAAGAAGACUCUGCUUCAAAGGAAUCAUCAUUUGUUCUGGAUGUAUCUAUCUAUGUUACUAGAUCUACACGGGUGGAAAUUGAUGGGGAUGGCAAGAUAAAAAAAAAUGAACAACAAGAAGGCCUCACUAUGACUUUUGGUACUCGACCUGACUUAGAUAAGCUACUUGGACAAUAUAUUGAAAUGGAUCAAGGCUCUGUGGCGUUAUUACAUUGUGGUCCUGACCGUAUGAGUGAUCAAAUUCGACAUAUUAGUGCACAUCAUGGUAUUGCUUAUUUUGAAGAAGCCUUCAAUUGGUGAUUUGUUUUUAUUUAGAUAUUAUGUCCAUUUUUUUAUUCUUUAUUAUUAUUAAUCUAUCUAUGCUUAGUUUUUUUACGUUAUUAUACUCUAUAUUUUUAUAUAUUAUCAUCACUUUGUUACACUAUUACACUUUAUAGAUCAUCAUCCAUCACUUUGUUACAUUAUUAGUUCAUUUUUUAGACAUACACCAUUAAAGCAUAUUCUUUUAUCC